GAGAAAAUUAGCAUUUUUACUUGCACAAAAGAGGCAAAAUAUAAAAUUAACACAUUGAAAGCAAAGAAUUAUGAGAUCUGCUAGUGUUUUUAUGGUUUCUUGUAUUCUCAUGUUUUUUGUUCUGAUCCAUGUCAAAGAUGUAGAAGCUGGACUGACUCCAAUGGGUAGCCUAUGCGGCCAGAAGGAUAUAUUUAUCGGGAGAUGCGGCCGUGAUGGAAGCGAAACGUGCAUAAACGACUUUGUUAAGAAAGGAGGUGAUGGCAAUAGGCCAUAUAGUUGUAAGUGUGAUAACUUUGGCAAAAAACGUAUAUGCAGAUGUAAAGUUCCUUGUUAGCGUUCGUUACAGCAAUAAAUAGAAGAAACUAGUUUUAUUGUGGUGUGCAUCUUAAAUCGCUUUGGACGUUAGAGGAAACGCAAAGAAGAAAAGAGUCACAAAAACUAAUAGACCUUUUAAAACCUGGUUUUGUUCAGAUUCUGACAAUUUUGUUCAGAACUGAAUUUUGGGAAAAAAAUGAAUGAAAAUAAGUAACUACAAUACCAAGAAAUUUUGUUUUAGAAAACUGAAUUGUGGGAAAAAUUGAAUGAAAAUAAGUAAUUACAAUACAACGUAAUUUUGUGGUUACUAAGAAGAAACAAGAUUCAACGAUUGAAUCAUGAUCAGGUGUGCGAGGCUGUUCAUGAUCCGAGGCUCCAAAACGAUAAUUUGCGACUUUGCGUGUGUUGACCUAGAUUUGCGCUUCAACCAUAGGCAUGGAUCACACGAGAGGCUUCUGUCUACGGUCAUUGAUGGACUCUCCUGGCUCCGGAUACAUCAAGCAACUGCAGAACAAUUCUGAUAAUGUUGCAUGUGUAUAUUCUGAUGAAUUCAUUCUGUUUAUAAUAACUGUAGGAUUUAUAAAAGGGUGUCACAGUAAAUUUAUUGGGUUAAGACCAUCUACUUAUAUUAUUAAAACUGAAGUACAUUUUAGAACUGUUUGAAAACAUAGACAACAGAAGAACGAGGUACAAUGGAUCUGGGUAUUCCUAUAAAUACUACGGUGGAGAGUGCUAUACAGCUAUACCGACCAAAGAGACAUAGAAUAUCCAUUCUUCCGUUUAUUGAUAAAGAGGUUAUGGUGCUGAAAAACAGAGGACUGAAUCAACAGGAUGAUAUCUGUCUUUGGAAGAGAGAAAAUGAGGCAUUUAAAGAAGGUUUCUCCACGGCGCAAACUUGGAACAUUAUUAGAGCCCAGUCGCCGAGUGUCUCUUGGUUCAAAGGCGUAUGGUUUUCUGGAGCUACUCCAAAGUUUUCUUUCCUCAUAUGGAUUGCAAUACAUAAUAAACUAUCAACAGGAGACAAGAUUCUAAGAUAGAACCCUCAGGCUGUAUCUACCUGUUGGUUGUGUAAAAUAGCACCUGAAACGAGAGAUCAUUUGUUUUUUGAGUGUGAUUAUUCACAAGAAGUGUGGUUGGGGACUAUCAAUAACCUAGCAGGUAAUAGAAGAAUUUGUGAUUGGUCUAGUGUGGUCCAAUUGGUGGUGAAUGGAUUCCAUGGAAGGACUGUGACAUUUCUCCUCUGCUACUGUUUUCAAGCGGUUGCAUACGCAUUAUGGCAUGAAGAAAAUGUGAGAAGGGUGAGUGAGCCUUCUUUGCCUGCCCUUUGUCUAGUUGCUCGAUUGGAUAAGUUGGUCAGGAACAGGAUCACUUCUUUGAGGGGAAAGAAGGGUGAAAAAUAUAAGAAGGCAAUGGAGGUUUGGUUUAGUAGAAGCUAAUGGAGUUUUGAAUAUUGUAUAGAAGUUUAUAGAUUUUGUGUUUAAAGAGAGAGGCAGUGCAAAAAUCUGUAACAAGUUUUUUUGAUUGAAAUAAAAUUUAAAAUUCUUUCAAAAAAAAAAAACAUAGACAACAGUAUCAAUGAAAAUUGUUUGAAAACAUAAAUAGCAUUAUAAAAAAAGAAGUAUAAUGUAAUUUUAUUAAUUUCAUUAAUAUUAUUACAUUAAUUGUCUUUCUAUAUCUCACUAAAUUUAACAAUUUUAUUAAUUAUAUUAAAUUAACAAUACAUCACAUAAUUUAAUUAUAUUAUCUUAAUAAUAAUAGUGGAGAUUUUAUUAAUUAUAUUGUCUUAUCAACAUUAACUUUGUGCCAAUUAUAUAAUCAAAAAUGUAAAAUAACUAGGUUUUGCAUAUGUUUAAACAUUCGGUUUAAUUUGUUUUACCAAUUUAUUUAUUUAUUUUAGUUUCAAUCGGUGGAAAAUUACUAGCCAAAAACAUAAUUCAAAAACGUGUUUUUGUGAAUAAAAUAAUAACUUAAAUCAAAAUAAUAAAAAUGUAUUACAUUUAUUGUCAUUUAAUUUUCACUCCGUAUAUUUUAUUUAGCCAAACACAUAGAAAGAGUCUUUUUUUUUUAUUAGUUUAUAAAUCAGUUAGGCAUGGACAUUGACUAUCUAGUUAGGUACGUGUUGUUCUUUUCGGAUAUCGUUUUUUUUU